GCAAGGUGGUGGGUGGGGGCCGCGCCCUCUGGAACGCCAUGCUGGGCUGGCGGGGCGUGGGGCUGGCGCGGGUUGUGCUGGCUGGGCCGCGGGGAUGGCUGCGGGGCUCCUCCUGCGGCCGCCCGCUGGCCCUGGCGCCCCGCGCUGCCGACCGGCAGCCGGCGGCCGGGCCCGAGGCCGGCGGGCGCCCCCUCAGCCUGUCGGCCGCGGCGGUGGUGAACUCGGCGCCCCGCCCUCUGCAGCCGUACCUGCGCCUCAUGCGGUUGGACAAGCCCAUCGGCACCUGGUUGCUGUAUCUGCCGUGCACAUGGAGCAUUGGUCUGGCAGCAGAACCAGGUUGUUUUCCAGAUUGGUACCUAUUAUCCCUCUUUGGCGCUGGAGCUGUUCUGAUGCGUGGAGCAGGCUGUACCAUAAAUGACAUGUGGGACCAGGACUACGAUAAAAAGGUUACAAGAACAGCAAAUCGCCCCAUAGCCGCUGGACACAUUUCAACUUUCCAGUCCUUUGUUUUCCUCGGGGGACAGCUGACCUUGGCACUGUGUGUUCUUCUGUGUCUAAAUUACUACAGUAUAGCUCUGGGAGCAGCAUCCUUGCUUCUUGUCGUCACCUACCCACUGAUGAAAAGGAUUACCUACUGGCCUCAGUUAGCCUUGGGGCUGACUUUUAACUGGGGGGCACUACUCGGCUGGUCUGCUGUGCAGGGCUCCUGUGAGCCUUCCGUCUGCCUGCCUCUGUACUUCUCUGGAGUUAUGUGGACCUUAAUAUAUGACACUAUUUAUGCCCAUCAGGACAAACGAGAUGAUGCUCUGCUUGGCCUGAAGUCCACGGCGCUGCGCUUCCGGGAGAACACCAAGCAGUGGCUUGGUGGCUUUGGAGUCGCCAUGCUGGGGGCGCUGAGCCUGGCGGGCAUGAGCUGCCAUCAGACCGCUCCCUACUACGCCGCUGUGGUCGCCGUAGGGGCCCAUCUGGCGCACCAGAUUCACACUCUAGACAUCCACAGACCUGAGGACUGCUGGGAUAAAUUUACCUCCAACCGGACAGUAGGACUGAUCCUUUUCCUCGGGAUUGUUCUUGGGAACUUGCAGAAAGGAAAGAAGACAGAGGCUACAAAGAACAAUAUAGAUGAUAGGAUAGAAAAUUAGCAACUGAAGCUUCUCUGGAAAUUGUGAAGGCAGAUUUUUUACAGGACGUUCUUGGGUCGUGCUGCCCCACAGUGAGAUUUGCACCAGCACUCUACUGGACUGUCUUCAAGAAUCAGGAACCGGAAGCUGGAGAGUUAGGAGCUCGGUGACCUCGCUGUGAGCCCAGUCAUUUGCUAGCAGACUGCUUCCUAUGUCACAGAAACCGGGGACUUUUUGGGCUCUCAGACGUUGAGUAUUUCACUUGGUGUCUUCUGCUGCCCAGUGUAAUUCUCAACUGAAGUUCUAGGUUAUGCAUUUUAGCACUUUAGAAAAAAACAGAUGUACCUGUGUGGGAGACCCGGAAGAAGCUGUUGGCUCUUGGCUUUGGAUUGGCUCAGCUCCGGCCGUUGCGGCCACUCAGGGAAUGAACCAGCGGACAGAAGAUCUUUCUGUCUCUCCUUCUCUCUGCCUUUCCAAUAAAAAUAAAUAAAUCUUAAAAAAAAAUAAGAA